UACAGUAACAUUUACGCAGCGCGCAGGGAGCCGAGCUUGGAGACUAUGAGAGCGCGCGGCUGCUCCAUUCAGGCACAUGGUUCCUCCUCCUCCUCCUCCUUCGAUGCACGGACAAGCGGCGCCGCAGACAGCAGCCAGGCUCGCUUGAGGGACUCGCACCGCCGCCGUUGCCCUCCGCGGCGCGUUUCCAGACCGCAGCUGGAAGCAUUUUAACGGGGAUUUAUGUUGGUGGCGUUUGAGGACAGGCGGCUCCAAACGCGCUGAACUCUAAGGACAAGAGACUUGGAUGAACUUUUUUUUUCUUCUUUUUUUUAACCAGUGGCGCCUGAAAUAAGAAUAAGUGAGGAGUUAUUUUUGUUUGUUGUUGUUGUUGUUGUUGUGAACUUUUGCCGUCACGCACUGAGCCGCCCGGUGCUUCCGGACAGGAUGGUGCAGCACAUGAGCCAGACGGAGAGCGCCCACCACGCGCACUCUCCCGGCGGCGGGGACUACUCCGCGGACACGGGAGAAAUGGACUUGGAGAUGGAUGUGUCUCCGACCCACGAGGAGUCGCCCUCCUCCGGGGUGCGCCGCGACUUGGCGUGGUGCAAAACUCCGACGGGGCACAUCAAGCGGCCCAUGAACGCGUUCAUGGUGUGGUCUCAGAUCGAGAGGAGGAAGAUCAUGGAGCAGGCGCCGGACAUGCACAACGCGGAGAUCUCCAAGCGGCUGGGGAAACGCUGGAAGCUGCUGAAGGACGUGGACAAGAUCCCGUUCAUCCGCGAGGCGGAGCGGCUCCGGCUGAAACACAUGGCCGACUACCCAGACUACAAGUACCGGCCCAGGAAGAAGGUGAAGUCGGGCAGCGGAGCGAGUAAGCCGGCGGAGAAGAGCGGCGGCGGGGGGGAGCGCAGCGGCAAAGCCGGCGUGAAGAGGAGCCCCGCGUCCAAAGGAGGCAGCCGGACGCACAAAGCCGGGGGGGUGAAGAGCGCCGCGGGGGGGCAGGCGGACUGCGCGUCUCCCGGUGGGGACCACCACCAGGCGCUCUUCAAAUCCAGGACGGCGUCCGGGGCGCGACAGAUCCCGGAGAAACGCGCCGCCGCGGAGGCGAGGCGCGGCCACAUGUUCGGCGGGGCGGGCAGCCUGGAGAGCGGGCCGCCCUCCGUCGGAGUGCCGGCCAGUCCCACCCUGAGCAGCUCGGCGGAGUCCAGCGACCCGCUGAGCCUGUACGAGGAGCAGAGCAGCCCCGCGGCCAGCGAGUCGGCGCACGCCGCCGCGCGCCUCCGGUACGCGCGCGCCUCCUCCCCGACGCCGUCAGCCUCGCACUCUUCCUCGUCGGUGUCAUCUUCCUCCUCCUCCUCCUCGUCGGAUGAAGAGUUUGAAGAUGAGCGGCUCGAGGUGAACCCGAGCCCCGGGGUCGAGGGCAUGUCCCUGGGCGGCAUGGGCUUCUCCGACGCGGAGCUGGACCGGGACUUGGACCGGGACUUGGACUGGAGCUUCGGGGAGUGCGGGGCGGGAUCUCACUUCGACUUCCCCGACUACUGCACCCCGGAGGUCAGCGAGAUGAUCUCAGGAGACUGGCUGGAGUCCACCAUCUCCAACCUGGUGUUCACCAACUGAGGAGCCACGGGGACCCCGGUGGAGAGGAGCCCCGCGACGCCCCCCCCCACCCCCCGCAAAACGUUUUGAACCCGAGACCUGGCGCCCGCGGCCGGACCACAAUAUUCUUUUCCGCCAUUGUUUUCACUAGAUAAGGGAGUGAAAAACGGGGGGAAAAGAAGGAGAGGGAAAAAAAGGUGGCGCUGUGUGCGCGCGCGCGUUGAAAGCCCAGGUUACGCGCCGCCGCACUCAAUUGGGACAGCGCCAUGCUCCGUGUGCGCUCCACGUGAACGCGCAGGCGGUGGAAAUGCUUAGUUUGCAUUAUGGAGGAGGAGGAGGAAGAGGAGGAGGAGGAGUGAAUGUAAGCAGAGAGCAGUGAGACACACGGACUUCAGCUCAGAGUGGUUCCGAGGUGGAGAACCGGAACCGAACUUCUUUUGAAUCUUCAUGUUUUGGGACAUGUUACUGGACAGCUCGCGCUCGUCGGGCUCUACCUGAUUCACGUUGACCAUCAAGUUGCUAUUCAGGUGUAAUUUUUCUUUUUUAUUCAAAAAACUCAAUACCAACACGCAUGCCCUCCGCGAUGAGGAGGAUUUCUGUUGUUGUUAAAAAAAAAGAAAAUGCGUAAAAAGUGUUCAUCGCUGCGUAAUUACGCAACAUGUGUGUGACCAUAGGAUGUAGUUCACGAUCACCAGCUUUCUCUCAACGGCAGGACAAAACAAACAAACAAACAAACAAAGACUUCUUCUCUGAACCUUUAUAAAACACUCAGUGUGCACAAUUCAGGUCCAACACCCCCCCCCCCCCCCCCCCCCCCCACACACACACACACACACACACACCCCUUUUCUGCCUAGUGCUUCAACUUUGUAGUGUCAGAUGACGGUUUUAAUAUAUAUAUAUAUAUUUAUAUAUAUAUAUAUAUGUAUAUAUAUAUAUCGAUGUAUUUAUACCUGGGCCCAACUUUUUUUACACACAGAAGUAUUUGUUCUCGUCCAGGUGAUGUUUUGUGUGUUUUGUGCACAAUGCACCUGUCUGCAUCCAGCGGCGCGGGAAGGGCUACACGUGUAUCUUAUUUAAACUUAAAAACAAAAACAAAAAAACAUGUCUGACUUCUCUCACUUUUUUAAAAGGAGAACUUUUUUGAGUGUGUCAUGAUUUUCUACUUGUAUUUUCGUACAAACAAAAAAAAUCUAUAGAAAGAAGAGUGAGGGGGGGGGGGGGUAGCCUACAACAUGUUGGUGUUUAGAUGGGGGAGGGGGGCGGGGUUUGUUUGGCACAAUCUGACCUCACACAGUGUUUACAGUAUUUACCCACAUGCUUCUUAACCUCCAGGUUUCACCAGCCAAGUGAACAGAGCGCCGCUCCGAGGCGCCCGGUCCAGAGCGGCCAUUGUUGUUUCACAGAACACACACACACACACUCACACAACCUGCAAGUAUAUGUCAAGAACCCAGAGAGUCACUGUUUGGAUAGUGUGCUUCUUAUUUUUUAUUAUUAUUUUUUUUAAUUUUUAUAUCAAGAUAAGUUUUAUUUGAACCACUGGAUGGAAUUUCAAACUCAUUCCACUUUUGCCUAUUCUGAGGGAGGAGGAGAGGAGAGGAGGAGGGAGGAGAUGUCUGAAGUGCUCCAUCAGCUUUUUUAUUGUGCAACAUUGCAUUAAAAUAAAAAAUAGUAUUUAACCUUUUUCUGUCCCUGUUGGCUAAAGCAUAGCAGGCUAAUUGUUUUCCUAUAUUACGGCAUGGCGAAUAGCAUUUGUAUUUCAGAUUCAGGUAUAUGUAGCUAUAGUGGUUGUGUUUUAAGAUUUUUUUAAAGAAUAAUAACAUUAAGAUAUUUAUGUAAACUGACUGUAUUAUAAGCAAAGAUUGUGUGUUUUAUGUAUGAUGAUCAACGACAGGCACUAGGACGGCCACCUGUGGACAUCCUUAUGUGGAAGAGGAUUGGGGUCCUUUUUUAAAAACCUUUUUCCAGACCUCUUUUCUAUCGUCCUCCUUUUUCUUUUCUUUCUAUUCAUUUGUGCAAUACGCUGAUGUAUGAUCAUGUUUUUUUGUCCAAAUCAUGCCGAUAUCAUUUGAUGUUUAUAGCUUAAAAAAAAAAAAACAGCCAACGUUUGGGUCAAUCACUGCCUCUCAGACCUCUGUACAGAUUGUCGUCUUUUUUAUUUUGUAUUAUUUGUUUUUCUUUUCUUCCGAGAAGGAAAUAAAAAUCAGCUGGAACUGAAAAAAAAGUACAAA